GAAGUGGGGGCGGGGCAGAGGGCAGCGUUUUCUGUAACCACUGGAGGGGGCUGACCUGCUGCUUGGUGAUGUCCAGGGUCUAGACAGGAGGGUGUCUCUCUAAUAGAUAUCACCAAGCUCUGUGCUCUUGAGGUUCUGCACCUGGCAGAUGAGUACUCUAACCUCCGUGUUUAUGUUUAAGUUUUGAAAAGGAACAAGCCAACCUACGACUCAGGGCGCUGAGAGAGGAGCGACUCGAAGCAUAGGUCUGCCUGGGUUACAGAGUGGGCAGUGCUUCCGCUUCCGUGACAUGUGUUACCUGGCAACCAGUCUCCCAGCAACGGGACUACACUUGAGGACGCAGAGUCGAGGGUAGGAGCACACGGGUUUGGGUUUGCGGAGACUCCGGGAUCCAUGGCGCAGAAACCGCUCAGUACCACCGCCGCAGAGCGCAUGAACCUUGUGGCCCAGGACGAGAUCUGGAAAUACCGUCUGAAGGCCGAAAGUGAAGCCCGGCAAAACUGGCCGUCGAAGUGGGGAUAUUUAACAACCUCCAUGAAAGAGCUGCUCGAGGGUGACGAGGAACCACAUACCCCAAAGCCCAAGGUCGAGCUGCCCAGCCACUUCCGUGUCCAUCCAGUGAGCCCCUUGGAUAAAUACAUCAAGAUUCUCCCAUCGCCUCCAGUCCCAAAGACCACCCAGGGCUUCAUCGGGUGGCGAUCUGGUCUGCCCCUGUACUGCUUGGAGAAGUACACAGAGAUUCGCAGCUGCAAAGGGGCUUACGCCCGAGACCUGCGCUGGCCUAAGCAAGGCGUGCACUGAGCACCACCAGCGUCUGCCUGGGGCAGGCUGUGUGCUGUGCCUGGGUGAGCAUCCCUGAUGUUUUGAAGAACAACAGGUUGCCUUGGCAUUGUCAUUUGUUGGCACUUCUGGCAUUGCCAGCUAACGUAAAGUAAAACAGAUACCCUGGUUUA